AGACAGACGAGGACGUGUCCCUUGUACAGGUGAGACAGAUAGUUGGCACCUGUCACGUCGCCCUCACUGACUGUCAGGCUGACGACGGCUGCUCUAGGUAA